UGGUGUCACGUGGUUUACGUUGAAUAGAUCCCGCGUGUUGCAUUAUUCCCGCACUGCAUUUGUUUUGUUCGUCUUGUAGUUUUUCUAAAAAUGAAUAAACAGUAUAAUUUGACGUCGUCAUGUAUGACGUCAGAAAUAUACAAGGCCGAGAGGAGAAUCAUUCUUCACUGUUUAAAAUGGGCAAAGGAAGGAAAUUUGUUCCUAAUCAAAACAGAGAUGGUGAUUGGGUAAGAACUAAUCUUGCAAUUUGUGUAUUAUCGAAUUGUUUAUAUAAAUUCAAAACAAAAACGAAAACGACGGACGAUCUGAAAGAACCUGUCAAAUUUCCCGUUAUAUUUCAAAAGAAAAUCAAGAAUAAUUCAAAAGAAUACCCCUUCUCUACACACGACAAUCGAAAUUCAUUACAAGAUAAAGGAGAAUAUUUUGGAAACGGUUUGGGAAAGCGUAUCGUUGCAGAACGAAGUCAGCAUAUCUCCAACAUACAACCACAUCAUUCUACCCAAUCCAAUACGGGAUCCACAUACCAAGCGUCCUAUCAACGUAAAGAAGGAGAACCAUGUCGAUUCCGACGAUACCCAAGGCAGUAUUCUUCUCCGUUUUUAGAAAAAACAGAACCGUCAACGACGACAACAAAAUGGUGGCGACAAAACGAACCAGAAUACAUCACAGGACUGCACGUGCUCGCGUUGACGCAGGAACCACACUCAAAACCCAAUAAAUGGAGAUAUUCAUUCGGUCCCGGCAUCUUUUCCUUGAUAGCAACAAAACCAUGCAAACAUAAAUUAGAAAAAUAGUUUUCUCAUAUAUUUUAACUAUAAUAAAUUGCUAUUAAUAUCGAUUUGGAAGGAUUUUGUGACUCCAAGGUUUCACAUCUGAGGGUGACAAAAAAUACGGAAUAUUAU